UGAUCAGGGACUCGUCGGACCCUGGACACCAGCAGUUCCUGGUCGACGAGUUUGACCGGGCGCUGCAGUUCUCGGCCAAGCUCUGGUCACAGCGCUCCGUCGUGCAAUGCCUAGAUCUCCAGGCUCUGAGGGAGAGAGGGAGCGGUUCCUUUCCGCGCAUUAGCGACAGCUUGAUGGAUCUCCACCAGUCCCAGCGGCCAGAGCCAGCUCUUCUUGGCAAACCUCUGCUGAUGGUGCUCCAGCCAGCCAUUGUGGCUUGCGGCACUGAGGAAGGCCGAAAGUAUGACCAGGUCUCCAGGAUCUGGCUGAAGGCCCGUGUUUGGGUCGGCAGGGGCGGCUCCGCCUGAGAAUAGAAGAAAGGGAAUACUGAGAAACCAUGCCCGGAUGGAUAAGGCCCUGGAGUGUACUCAGGAAGUAGAUUGAUAACUUGCAUAAAGCGGUGCUCUAGUUUCCUAAUCAGUUCUACUACGAC